UGGACAGACGCACUGGGAUUGCUGGCUUGCUCCCAGGAAGGAGACCAGAAACUCUACUGGAUAUGCUGCAUAUUGAAGCCGAGGUACUGGAUGUGAAGUCUGGACCAGUUUUGGAUUCAAUCAUACCACAUAUGGAGUUUGUUCCCAAAAUACUGAAAGAGACUUUCUGCUGCUUUAUAGGAAAAUGGGGAGAGUGCAACAAUGAAUCAGGACAUUUACUCCAGGAUUUUUGAAAACUACCUGUUGAAUAGCGACACACUAAUAGAUUCUUGUAUUCACUUUGAGACUUUUUUUGAAUUGAAGUACAUCUGGAUCCAGCGGAAAUAUUUUCUAGGGAAGAUCAGUGGCUUAUUUCAGCUGGAGACUACACUGACUUAGAGAUGACUGGAGCCCUGCACACUGGACUCAUACUCUUCUCAUUUGUGGUGGUGUGUGAGAGUGAGCCAACACAUGCUGGGCCAGAUAGACCGGGGGAAUCACUCGGACAAUCCAGACUGGUCCAUCUAACUUCUCACUGGGCCUUCCAGCUGGUCAAUGACUCUCUGGCUUAUUCCGGGGCCGAUAGAUUCUGCAGAGGCCAGUUCAGCUCCCUCGCCACCAUGGAAAAGUCAGAGGACCGGGAGGGAGCCUUGGAGCUGCUCCGGCGGACUGGACACCGCUUGCCGAUCUGGGUCAGGGACCUAAACAAAGCGGCCUCCAAGCCUGUGGCCCUCUCCAAACAGUAUUUACAUUUCUUAGCUCUAAACUUCCCAAAGGACUCCCAUGAGGGCUUUGCUCGUGUCAACAUGUCCUUUCCAACCCUGUCGUCCAUCAGUGUGUGUGUUCGAGUUCAGUGGAACUCAGAGUGGAAUCAAGUGUCCACCAUCUUCUCCUACGCUGCACCUGUCUUUACCAAUGAGUUCCAGUUACGAGGCCAAGUGGACAUGCAGGGACGCAUCCUCCUGGCGCUUAUCAUCCAUGGGAAGCACCUGCCAUAUAAGGCUUCCUUCCUCAACGACGGAGCUUGGCAUCACGUCUGCGUUGCUUGGUGCCGGAGUAGCAGCCACUGGGCUAUCUAUGUGGAUGGGGACAUGAAGGACAUGGGCACAGGCACAGAUGCUUCCAGGGAUAUAUACGGGGAUGGAAUUCUAAUUCUGGGUCAGGACCAAGAUUCAUUUGGAGGGAAUUUCACAGAGCCAUUUUUUGGAAAUAUUACUGACCUGAAUGUUUGGAAUAUGUCUCUGGAAACAAGGCAUGUCCGCGCCCUCAACGCAUGUUCGUCCAUUACCCAGGAAGUGCUUUUCAGUUGGAAUCUUGACCAUCUAAGCAAGCACCCAGUGGUCAAAGAGGUGCAGGUCCUUCUGUUUUGCUCAGCAGUGCACCAGCAGAUGGAGCUGCAGGGCUGCAGGACGCUCCAGGGCUGGGCCGAUCCGCUGCCAGUGUUCGGCCUGACAGACUGCUCGGAUCCACUGCCCUUCAUCUGCCAGAGCAGCACAGAGCGUUACUUGAAGAUGAAGCAGAUGAGUGAUUCUCAGACCUCCCAGCCCACAGCCUUCAUGGACCGUCUGAUGAAGCUUUCCAACAAAACCCAGACAGUGCUGGGGCAGCAGCCAUCAGGGCUUGACAGCCUGGCCCAGGCAUCCACCCUGCUGGACAUCUCUGUCCAAGCCCUGGAGGACACGCAGCAGGAAGGUUUGCAGCCAACAGACAUGGUGUCCCUCAUCCAGCUGUUGUCUCUGGCUGCUGACGCGCCCCCCACACAGUCACUCAGCGGGGCCACAAACCACAGCCAGGACACCAUCCGGGAACUCAGCCAGCACUUCAUCACCGUGGCCGACAGCAUCAUCAGCCAAGACAAUGCCCUCAAGUGGGAGACCAUCAAAGAGCUGCCAGUAGCACCUCACUGGUUCUGUAAGCUGGUAGUUCAGACACAAACAUAUUAUUUAAAGCCAGAACUGGAGAUGCAGCAACAGAUGCUGCAGGAAGGAUCCCGAGGCUCAAGUUUCUGUGGGCCUGAGACAGGGAAACACACCAACCUAGACUGUAUUUCAGUCCCACAUCAGAAGAUACAAGAUCUCCAUAACAAUGGCUUCCAUAAGCUCACGUUGGUCAACACGUGGUACGGCUCUUUACGGCCUCCCAUCAAUCCGGAGCAGAACAUCACCAUGGUCCCUACUGUCACUGAUGGCAGCCAGAGGUAUUUGGGCACCGUCCUGGGAUCUUCUGUCAUUUCCACCACAGUGCUGGGAGACGACCAGCCGGUUAGCACAGCAGUUCGCUUCCAGCUCCAGCACAGAGUACAGAGUCCCACUGGUACUGUGUAUGAUCCAGUGUGUGCCUUCUGGGACUUUGAUCUCAAUCCCGAGGCCGGUGGGUGGUGGAAUACCAAAGGCUGUGAUGUAGUCUCCAAAGAAUAUGGAUACACUGUGUGCUACUGCAACCACACCACCAAUUUUGCAUUGCUGUUGCAGGUUUAUGAAGCCCAGGUAACAUACUCAUCCUUUGUGUGUGUGUGUGUGUGUGUGUGUGUGUGUGUGUGUGUGUGUGUGUGUGUGUGUGUGUGUGUGUGUGUGUGUGUUGUGUGUGUGUGCAGUGUCCCUAAAUCUGACCGUACCACCGUCCAUAAGAACCUGAUUGUGGCUUUGGGCCUAGCUGAGUUGCUGUUGAUGUGCAGUGAUUUGGCGUCUGCCAAUGAGGCAGCGUGCUUUGUGGUGACUGCACUACUCCAUCUCUUCUUCAUGGCCUCCUUCUCCUGGAUGCUGGUGGAGGGCCUGCUGCUAUGGAGCAAAGUUGUGUCCGUCAACAUCAGCGAGGACCGAAGGAUGAAGCUCUACUACAUCAUUGGCUGGGGACUACCUGUUCUAAUAGUUGGUGUAACAAUGGCAGUAUCAGUGGAUGAGUACAAGGCAGAUGAUCACUGCUGGCUCAAUGUGAAGACUGACACCAUCUGGGCCUUUGUGGGACCUGUUAUAUUUGUCUUAGCGGUCAACGCUGUUGUGCUGUUCAGGGUUGUCAUGGUGACUGUCUCCAGCGCUCGCCGCCGCACUAAGAUGCUCAGUCCAAGCUCGGCAGCGAAGAUGCAGACCUUUGACCUCACCUGGGCUGUGACCCGUCCAGUUCUCAUCCUGCUGCCAGUGCUGGGGCUGACCUGGCUGUGUGGAGUGCUGGUCCAUCUGUCGGUAGUAGUCGCCUACGUCUUCAUUGCUCUCAAUGCCACCCAGGGCCUGUACAUCUUCUUGGUGUACGCUGUUUACAACAGUGAGGUGAGGAAUGCCAUAAAGAGGAUCAAAGAAAAGAGAAAGGCCUUAUCUUUCACGAACUGUUCCCAGCCAACCAGCUUCCUCCCUUCCCAGAGGGCCCCGAUCACCUCCUGGGGCCGCAGUCCACUGACCCCCUCCAGCCCUGAGACCAGUGAGACUUCUGGACCGCCUAGCUCCACCUCCACGUCAUUGGUCAUCAAGAACGAGAGCUUCAGGAAGGAAAGCCUUGUGAGUUUUUCCUUGAAACCAGCAUCAGGAAAUCAAGUGGUCCAGCUGACUGGGUUCAAGCCAUCAGGUUGUUGAACUUGGAGUGGAGUGGAUCCUGAUACUCGGCUACAAUACGCAUGCACCACGCUGA